AUGUGCCAUCCCUGCUAUGCCCUCGGGGGGUGGGGGGCAGACUGCCCCAGCCCUCUCAGAGGAGGUUAUCUCCUCGUCUCCGUGCCCACCUCCACCCCAACGGCCGGGCAGGGUGGGCAUGCCUGCGGGCAAGCAACGACGCCGCUCCGGCGGGCUGGUGCGGACAGGACUACGUUUCCCAGCGGCUCCUCCCGUGGCUGCACAUGCUCGGUGCGACUCCCGGCACCUCCCGGCGCGGCGACCGGUGUAGCGCAGGGGCACUCCUGGUGCAGCCGCCGGUGUGGCUCCCGGUGGCCCUCGGCCCUGCUCCCGGCGCAGCCCUCGGCGGCUUCCGGUGCAGCUCCCAGCGCAGUUCGCGGCGCGGCGCGACAGGUUCCCGGCGCGUCCUCGGAAGCAACCGGCCGCGCCGCGGGGCUGAUCUCUGCCCGUUCUAGCCUCACGGCCGGCCCAGGACUGGCUUUUCCCCUGGCACCCCCGAGCAGCAUGCCCCGUGGGCGAGCCUGGACGCAGGCGGAGGUCAGCAGCCUCCUGGCGCUGGUGGAGGGCUCGGGGGAGGCCACUCUGCUCAUGGCCUCCACGUCGCGACCCAACGAGGCUCUGUGGCGGGAAAUCUCCCGGGGCCUGGCGGCUGCCGGCUACGGGCGCAGCGUGGCUCAGUGCCGCUCCAAGUGGAAGGCGCUCAAGCAGGCUUUCCACUCGGAGCGGGAGACACGUCGGAGAGCAGGACACCACUCGCCCCGCUUGCCCCCACACUACCAGACCAUGAAGAGCAUCUGGAAGGCGGCUGGGCGGCCCGUCUUCGGCGACCGCAGGAUGCCAGACCUGGUGAAGCAGCUGCCCAGGAAGCACAGGUCAGCUCUUGCCACCCGUUUUCCAUCCUCACCAGAGCCUGCAGAGGAUGAUGGCGGGGACUCCUCAGGAGUGUUGCUGUCCCCGCUGCUGCAGCGUGUGAAGGACGAGCCAGAGACAUCAGCCAGUGGGAACCACGUCGCUGGAGUGCCACCUACCCCCACUAUUGUGCCACACACUGGUUGCUGCCUCCCACCCCUUCCUGUCCUGGGUUGUCACACUGCCUUAAAGCAGGAAAGAGAUGAUCAAAAGGCUAGUUUUCCUGGUGAGACAUCCCCAGGGAUAGGAAGAGGAAACCACAUGUUGCCAGUGACCGCUGCAGCCCUAGGCUCAUCCAGAACAGCUACCACAAGUGAGCAUCUGGCAGCAGGUGAAGAAGCAUCAUAUGCAAGCCUGCAUGGAUUUGGCGUGGCAGGCUUGCUCCAGAGUGUUCAGCAGCUUCUGGUGCAGAUCCUACAGACAUCACGGCAGCAGCAGGCACUGCUGGAGAGCCUUGCCAGUGACACCGUCUCCCAUCUCCACCUCCUCUCCCACAGCCUGGUGCAGGUGGGAGAGACCUUGCACCAGCUCCUACUCCAUCCACAGAUGCACCCCAACCCCUUCAGCCACCACAUGCCUCACAUGUCCCUUUUUGAAGGUGGCUCUGGGGUGCCCUGCUCCACUGGCACUCCCCACACCUCCCCUGAUCACAAAGAGGAGCCUCGAAUGCCCCCAACCACCAGCUGCACACCUCUCUGAGUGCCACCAGCCCCAGGGCUGACAGCUUUGCUACAAAGAUGUGACAGAUCUUUAUAGCAGAGGCCCCAGGUAUUUUGGACGUUUAUAGAAAAAACAUUUUAAUAAAAUUACAAAUAGCUUUUGUACCAGUGACAA